AUGAUUCCAAACUUCAAAGCUCAAUUUAUCCUCCUCCUCUCGGCCGGCCAUGUUGCCCUGGCUGCGAACUGUUACGGAAGUGGCAACCCAGGCCUUUCGGUAGCGGACUACCAGGAAACAGCAGCGGGAAUUUGCAACGGCGGAUCCAGCGUUGAUUAUAGUUUUGGUAACACUGGCUAUCCAAACUACAAUCCUUUGCAGAUCCAGGCCAGCUACUCUGGGUCCGAAAAGGCUCAUUGUUGGGACGCGUUUAACAAUAUCAUCUCCCAAUGCGUGCAGAAUGAGGGAAAGAACGGUGGUGAAUGGGACUACAACUAUAAUGGAGACAAUGAGAAGUAUGUUCUUCAGGGAAUUGAGGGUUAA